CUGAACUAAACUAAACUGAAUAUUAAACAAAGAUAGGAGAUGUAGGGUGUUGUCUCAGAUUAUAACGCACGUUCACGUGUACUCUAGCGUGUUUAUUCAUUUGUAUCAGUUCGCGGAACGAUUUCACUGUGUAUGAGGGAAAUCACAUUGAGAGUAAUGAUAGAGAUUGACGAGUGUAGAUGGAUUUCGGAAGUAGGAAUAACUGUCAAAAGUAUUAUUUGUAAACAAAACGACGUCGCCCUCAUAUUUCAAUUUGUCUCCUCCAUAUUAAUAAUCUGUGUGCUUCCUCAAAUCAAGAAAAUAGUUCGAAUGUGACCUAAAUUAUAUUGUGUUUUUUAUUUCGCGUGUUUAUAUUCAACCAUUAUGGAUAUUAACCAUAGUUAUUGGGAAGAUAACUCUAAUAUACAACGUGUAAACUACGAAAGGUGUAUUACUAGCGAAGAACCUGCCAGGAUGAAAGAAGAACGAGCCAUAUACCCGUGCUGUGAUUCAAAUUUAAACUUUUCCACUGCAACUUGCAGUGAAGAUGAUUGUGAAUACGGCCCGUACAAGAAAAGUAAAGUGGCAAGGCAGGAUCCUAUGUCGCACCGUAUAAUUGAAAAACGAAGAAGAGACAGAAUGAACAAUUGUCUUGCAGAUUUGUCACGUCUGAUUCCGACUGAAUAUCUAAAAAAAGGUAGAGGGAGGAUUGAAAAAACCGAAAUUAUCGAAAUGGCAAUUAAGCACAUGAAGCAUUUACAAUCGCAAGAUAAAGGCAGCCCUCUAGAACAUUAUCGGUUGGGUUACCAAGAAUGUAUGUCGGAAACAAUGCGAUUUAUGGUUGAGGUUGAAGGUCAUUUUCCAAGAGAACCAGUCUGCGUACGCCUGUUAAAUCAUUUACAAAAACACUGCGAGCAAAUUUCGAAAGGCCCUAAUGCGUUUCCUACCUCUCCCGUCAUGGAUCAAGUCCCGAGUUAUCCGACAGUACAGAUGAACUCGUUAAAAAAUAUAAAUAUUAGCCCACCACAACAGAAAGUGAAUAAUCAAUUUACUAUACCGAAAACAGAACCCGAGAAUAGUAACAGCAACGGAUUUGUGACACAAUCGCAAAAAAGUGACGAGUUUGAAAAGGAUAUUGCCAAUAACGCCAUAUCUUACAAGUACAAGACAAAUAUUAAAUUACGGUUUAAUCAGGAUCUUAGUGCUCAUGAAGUACCUAAGAGGCAAAAGAUAAUCGGUGGACGUCGAAAUUCGGUUACCAGUUUUGAAAAUCAGAGUUCAAACCACAGCUCGCCUCCAAGUAGCGAGCCAUGUACUAGAAUAUUCGACACUGAGAAUGCGAUGAAUAGACAAACUCCGCCUGACAUUCAUCAAGGUCACAAAGCGGAUCCGCCCCACAGCGACUCAAUUCAACGAUUGUCACCCACACUCUCAUCCCAAACUGCUUUAUCGGAGAGCAACUUCAACGUACCGAUAUUUGUGCUGCAUACCAAAGGAUCCUACUAUAUACCUUUAACAAUAGAUUAUAAGACGUUACGCCCUUAUUUGCAAAACUAUGAUAUCAUAGAAUCCGUACAAAUGCAAAAUAUUGUUUUGCAUCCUGUUACUAUUAACGUCAAUUUUGUUAAUCCUAAUUUUAAUAAUGGCGAUCACCCUAGAAACAACAGUAACAAGUACAAAUAUGAGUAUAACAAUAACUGGAAUUAACUAGCGGAGCACUGGUCUCAAUGAUUUUUAAAAUUUGGGAGAGAAAGGGUUAAGGGUUGAAAGAAAGAUAAGAUAAGAUAUAUAUAUAUAUAUAUAUAUACACACCUUGUAUAUAAAAAAAUAUGUCUGCUUGAAGGCUGUGAUGGUCAGGGGAAUUCUACAAGACUGACAUUUAUAUGUUAUGUAAAUAUGUAGGAAAAUAAAACAUAUUUUUCAAUGUCAAUACUGUAGUGAGAAGCUAAAAUAUGAAUCCGCCAUAAUUAUACUGCUAGAGCUAACACAGCUUAGUAACCUUUGUUAAGUUUGAAAAAACGUUAUUGAAUGUAAUUAUUUGAAAUAUAAAUAUUCCAAGGAAUAUAUUACCAUAGACUUAAUAUAACUUUUGGUCCAUUUUGUUGUGUAAAUAUAUAAUAAAUUACCUGAAAUCGAUUUAUUAAAAAAUUUCAUUAAAUUAAGACGCUAAGAGAAUAGACAAACAUCAAAAGAUGAAAAUAUUACAUAAAUUUAAAGUGGACCGUUGUUAUAAAAUAUAUUAAUUUAAAACACAUUCUUUACUUCAACAAUCAACCAAAUAAAACAAUGACAUUUACUAAUGAGUCUUCUUUAAUGUUUUAUCUUAUAUUAUACUUUUAAGGACUCAAGAAAAUUGUAAUUGACACCAAGAACCAAACGGCCAAAAAGGGACCAAAUCAUGAAUUACUUAAAUGCAAAAGUGUUGUGUUGAAAUACGUAUUUGACAAUUUUUUUUUUAUUAUAUCAUUAACAUAAAUAUAAAAUUUAAUUAAUAAAAUAGGUCGUGGUGCCGAA